CAUUCACACGUCAAAACAAUUCCCUCGUGCCUUUGUUGUUACAUUGUGUAAGGAAAGCCUUGGCUUUUCUUUACCCCAUUUGAGUCAUGUUCCUAUUCACGUUAGCAUCUUGUUUAAAAAUGGCUAAAAAACCAAAGGGUCUUCACCAAAGUGUUUCUGAGGCCCCCCACCCUUGCUGUUAACAUCAGAGAAAGAGAGAGAGAAUACUGAUAUUUUCGUUGCAUUGCAUUUGCAGUGACUGAACAAAAUGAUAAUAAUAGUGAUAGAAAUAGUAAUAGGUGUUUGUUGUUUAGGUGUGAGGACUGAGGAGGACAAAAGAGAUCAGAGAGGGCCCGUUAAAGGCUGCACCACAAAUGAGUGGCACUGCACCAAAGGCUACUACCAAUGUCUACUGUGUUCUCUCUCUCACUCUCUCUCUCUCUCUCCUUAUUGCUUUUACUCCUUCGUGGCCCUUCUCCCUCCAUCUAUCUCAAACACCUUUUUCAUCCAUCUCCAACACUAGGUGCAACAUCUACCUCUUUUCGCUCUUUGUUUGUUAUGUUCUUGGAGGGAAACUAGACAUCCUUUGAAGAAGUGUUCCAGUGAUGGCUCAGCUUGUUCUGCAUGGAGCUAUUUCCAUUUUCUUCAAGAGAGUAAGGUGAUUCUUCCAAAAAAGGGGAUAACUAUAAUUCUUCUAUGAAAGGGGAGAAGGAGAUUCUACUGGUCCAGAUAACCAUGAAUUUGAACAAAAACCAAGCCACUCUGGAGGUAAUGGUGUUUUGAAAGGCUAUUGAAGAAGUAUCAAGUGCCUCUUUUUACAUUUCCCAGAUGGAGAAUAAUAUGUAUAGUGCUUCACUGGACAUUCCUGGCAGAAAUUCUGCUGUCAUAGAAGAAAUUGCACAGCAUUUAGCACCGAAGCCACUGAUUCAAUGCUACUCAUUUGACCUCAAUAACCAAAACCACAUUAUAAAUGGAAUUCCAGUUCUUGCUGCAGAACAAGGUGAACCUAGAAGUGAUGUCCAUGUAGAUGGUUGCUUCAUAAACCAAGCUAGAAUUGCUGAUUCCAAUUCAUUUGUCUCAAUACAAGGAAAGAGUAUUGUAGGAGAUGCCUCGAAUCCCAUUAACAACAGUGCCAUUCAAGAGCAUUUAGCUGGAGGAAGGCCAAUUGCUUCUGAUGCUUCACUUGCUGAUAGAAUAGGCCUUCAAGAAAAUCUGCAGAGUUCAGCAGCUUUGCCUCAUUCAAUGAGUUCAUUGGAGGCACUGGGACCAUACAUCUUCAGUAAUUGGCAAGAUACGUCAAACCCUUUGGCUGCAACUUUUGGUGAUCAUGCCUAUGAUGAAUUAUCAAGUAUUCAGAAGUGGAAUGUGAACAAGUUUCUGAAAGCUCCAGAGGCCAAUGGGACUGAGAUCCAGGCUUAUUCUUCCAUAGGAAACCUGGUUCAAAAUGGGUGGACAUCAUCAAAUGUUGCAAGCUUGGGAAAUUUUGCCUAUAAUUCUUCUAAUUGCAGUAAAGAACUGUCACUAAGUCUUUCAAGAUCUCCUCCAACUACUGGUCAGUGCUCAGAGAUGAGCUGCUCCAACGCAUCUCGCAGCAUGAAUGGAACAAGUUCAGGCUUGGAGCAACCUUCCUGCAGCAGCAAGGAACUGUGUAUGAGAUUAGGUUCCAACAAACAUGUCCAGUUUUCACCAGCAAUAUUGGGGUCCAGAUAUCUUGCCGGAGUUCAAGAGAUAUUUGCUCAAAUUGCCACAUACUCAUUUGAAAAUGUAGAGCUGAUGACUUACCCAGCUUCUGGUGUUAGAGCAGGAGGAAAUAAGUCAGCUUCAGCUUUCACACCAAAGAGAAGGGUAGCGAGUAAUCAGAAUGAAAAUUCCAUGUAUGGAGCACAUGCAGAAGAAUCUCCAUCGGAAAGACAUGCAGCUGAUUCAAACAAAUCCCAACUUCUCAUGCUUCUACAACUGGUGGACAAUGGAUAUAGCCAGUGUUUGGAUGAGGUUCAUACCGUGGCAUCUGCAUUCCAUGCUGCUACUGAGUUGGAUCCACACAUGCAUGCACAUUUUGCACUUCAAACCAUCUCUCUCUUGUACAAGGACUUGAGAGAGAGGAUUAGCAAUUGUAUUCGUGCAAUGGGACCAGAUUUUAACAGCUUGUGUUCAGAAGAAGAGAAGGAAUGGUCUCUUGAAACUUCGUUCAUUCAAAAGCAAUGGGCUCUGCAGCAGUUGAAGAAAAAAGAUCAGUUAUGGAGACCCCAAAGGGGAUUGCCAGAGAGAUCUGUCUCAGUUCUACGCGCUUGGAUGUUUCAGAAUUUCCUCCAUCCGUAUCCUAAAGAUGCAGAGAAGCAUUCAUUGGCAGUAAAAAGUGGGUUGACAAGAAGCCAGGUAUCGAAUUGGUUUAUCAAUGCACGUGUUCGAUUAUGGAAGCCUAUGAUAGAAGAAAUGUAUGCUGAAAUGAGUAGAAGAAAAGCUUGUAGAAAUGAAGAAGGAUUGGAGAGCAGUCACAGAAGCAGGAUGAGCAUGAACAGUCAAAUGUUGAAUAUCAAUUGAAGUUGAAGAUAGUCAUAUAAUAUAAUAUAAUAUGACAUUAUUAUUACUAUGUUUUUGGAUCAAGUGAGUAAUUUGACACUGCUGAAAUCAGAAUUGUGAAUAAUGCUGUGCUUAGUUCAAUAUUUAGGAGAAGAUACGUUAUCUUGAAAGAUGUGCUUUCAUAGAAUGGAUUAUGAUUUGCAGUUGCUAACAUGGAAUUUAUUUCACUGUCCAAAA